GCGAGCAGCAGCAGCAGCAGGAGAAGGAUAAGAAUAAGGAGGAGAUCCUGGCUGCUUGCGAGAGGACCGUGCAUUGUCGCUGGCUCUCUCUCUCUUUUGCUUUCUCUCUCUCUCUCCAUCCCUCCAUCCUUCUCUCUCUCUCUCCUGGGUAUGGGACUGGCGAUGCUGUAAGUGGCGUUCUGCAUUCUGCAUGAGCACAGCCAGGGAAACAGGCUAAGAGGGGGCUGGUCCUCUUGCCAAGACGUCGCUACUGGAUUUACCUGGACUGGAUCAGGAAGGGGACGGAGGACGUCUGACCGAAAGACGCCGCCAUGGCCCGGCUGAAUUGGUGUCUAGCGGCGGUUAUUAGCUGGGGAAAGUUCCUGUUUUCAUGCUUUUUCCCUUUGAGAGCAGCUAGGAGGGAUAAGCCGGACGACUUUGAGGGGGUCCAUUCCCACACUUUCAAGGUCAAGACUUUCAAGAAGGCCAAGAGCUGCGGGGUGUGCAAACAGGCCGUGACCAAGGAGGGCCUGGUCUGCAGAGUGUGUAAACUCUCCUGUCAUAAGAAAUGUGAGGUGAAGGUAGCCACAGCCUGUGCUCCCCCCACUAACUAUGAGCUGCCUCCAAGUAACGAUCUCCCCCUGAAGCAUGUAGAAACUCCAGGAUCCACAAAGUCCUUCAAGAGCACAGACUCCAGACGAAGGCCCUCCAGGACCCUGAGUCUGAUCCAGGCCAUGGAGGACAGUUACGAGGUGGACCUGGUGUACAUCACCGAGCGCAUCAUCUCCCUGUCCUUCCCUGGGGGGGUGGAUGAGCACAGCUACGGUGUGCACCUGCGUGAUGUCAUCACCAUGCUGCGCUCCAAACACCAGCAGCACUACCUGCUGCUGAACCUCAGCGAGCGACGGCAUGACAUCACCAAACUCAACCCAAAGGUGCUGGACUUCGGCUGGCCUGAUCAUCACGCUCCCGCUCUGGAUAAAAUCUGCAGCAUCUGCAAGGCCAUGGACACCUGGCUCAACGCUGACCCGCAUCAUGUAGUGGUGCUGCACAACAAGGGAAAUCGUGGGAGAACUGGGGUGGUCGUCGCUGCCUUUAUGCACUACAGCAACAUAUCAGCCAGUGCGGAUCAGGCUCUGGACAGGUUUGCCAUGAAGCGUUUUUAUGAGGACAAAGCCAUGCCUGUGGGCCAGCCAUCUCAGAAGAGGUAUGUGCAGUACUUUGCUGGACUUCUCUCUGGUCAUAUAAAGAUCAACAACAAGCCCCUGUUCCUUCAUCACGUCAUCAUGCACGGCAUUCCCAAUUUUGAGUCUAAAGGAGGAUGCAGACCGUUCCUGAAGAUCUACCAGGCCAUGCAGCCGGUAUAUACGUCUGGUAUAUAUAAUGUUCAAGGAGACAGUCACACAAGCAUCUGCAUCACUAUAGAACCAGGCCUGCUGCUAAAAGGAGAUAUACUGUUAAAGUGCUACCACAAGCGUUACCGGAACCCCAGUCGAGACGUGAUCUUCAGAGUGCAGUUCCACACGUGUGCGGUGCACGAUUUAGGGUUGGUCUUCAACAAGAACGACCUGGACGAGACCUUCAGAGAUGACAGAUAUCCAGAGGACGGGAAAGUGGAGUUUAUCUUCUCUUUUGGGCCUGAGAAAAUCCGAGGGCUGGAUCAUCUAGAGAAUGGCCCCAGUGUAUCUGUGGACUACAACACCCAGGAUCCUCUAAUCCGCUGGGACUCGUAUGAGAACUUUAACCGGCGGUGUGAGGACAUCACUGAUGAACUUGCUCACACUCAAGGCCCACUCGACGGCAGCCUCUACGCACAGGUGCGCAAGAAAGAUUCACUCGAGGGUGUCGUCAACGGUCUGCCAGCCAGCGACCGCAUUCCUCCCGCGGUUGAACAAGCCAUCCCUGCUGCCAACCACGCCCUUCCCCUGCCAGUCGCCAAUCACCCUCUCCCAGCUGCUGAUCACGCCUUGUCGGUGAGCAGUGACUCAGGCAAUUCCACUGCCUCCGUGAAGACCGACCGCACAGAUGACGCCCAACAGUCCCUUUCCUCGUCUGGCCCCGUGAGCCACUCGGUGCCUGAUGCCCCCAUUAGCCCUCGUGAAAAACGGGAGCUUGAGCAGCUGCUGAGUGGGCUUGAGGGCCCUCCGGUCCUUCCUCGCCAGGGAUUCCUUCCUGCAGCCAACACAAGUCCUGGGGCGGGCGUGCGACACCUCGUGCCGGCACAGGUCCACGUAAACGGGCGCACUGGCGCCGAGCGGGAGACGGAUAUCCUCGACGACGAAUUGCCUGACAGCCAAGUAGGGGACAACAGUGCUGAUAGUCUUGGCACUUUGUCGUCUUUCGAGGGCCGGGAGACUCCGGCAGACAGCCAGCCUCAAACCGAGUCGACAGUACUUGAGAUUGACAGGCAAGAGGGUGGUCUCCCUGACAGGAGGCCUGGAGUGAGUGCCAAGACAAUGCCCGUGCACCAGAUUAGAGGAUCAUCUUCGGCUCAGGAGCGCCUGGUGGACUACAGUGGGCAGAACGGAGGCAUGUAUCGCUCGCAGUCGUAUGGUGCACCUCUACUGGAUGGUCCCAGGUAUCUUCCACAAGCUCCAGAGCGCAGCACAAGCAGCAGAGAGGCUGUGCAGCGUGGUCUAAGUGCCUGGCACCAAUAUGGCUUGAUGGACGACCCCUUCUUCGGCCCUAACGCCGGUCUCCCUCGCUUCCCCACCCACGGUGGAGCUUCACAGCAGGACGUGGAGCAGUCUAUCGAGGCGCUCAACAUGCUCAUGCUCGACCUGGAGCCCCAUACGCCAGUGCCCAAGUCUCAGAGUGCUCCACCUGGAGAAAACAACUCAGUCUUCCAGCCAUUCUCCCAGACCCUGACCAGACCCUCCUAUCAAGCUGACCAGGCCAUCCAUAACUACACUGGUGCUCAACCUCUCUCCGUUUCCGCCAGCUUCGGCCAGUCCUCUCAGAGGUCGUCUCCCGCGUACCCAAUGACCCCACCCGCAGAGAUCCACCAGAGGCAGUACCAAUCCCCGCACUCUCCAUCGCCCACUUACCAACAAGACCCCUACAGCUUACGAGGAGGCUCGGUCACCACCCCGUCACCAACCAUGCCCCUGCCAUCACCCAUCAAGCCUCAGACCAUCUACCCAGGAGGUGGGGUGGUGUCCUACUCUCCAGACCUGCAGGGUCCGUCCCCGUAUCCCCCCACUCAGCGGAGCUACAGCGCGUCCUCCUCCCCGCUGCCCCCUGUUACCCCUGCUAAAGAACCUGAGCCUGAACCGGAGGAGAGCCUCAAUCUUGAAGGACUGGUGGCCCAUCGCGUGGCAGAGUACAACGCUCGCAUCCGGGGCAUCUCCGAGAGUAUGUCCAACCAGCCUGAACGCCAUCGUUCCUAUUCUUUCUCCGGAUCACGCUCACACAUGGUAACACCAGACGAGGCUGUGUCCGGCACUCGCCGCCGCACCACCAGCGAGGGCCAAUACAAUAACAGCCACGAAGAUAACCCCGCCCCUGCUGGAGGCGUGCACGCUCCAGUACACUUCGUAUCACCAGACUUCGUCAACACCAUCGCGCUGAACCCAGGAGGACGACCUAAAGAGGGACACGUGCACAGCUACAGAGAGGCCUUCGACGAUGUGGACCCAGCAGCCGUUAGCCCCACCCCCAGCAGUGUCGGUGAGGCACUACCUCUGACCCCCGCCUUCCCUGUCUCGCCCAUCACCUCGCCACAGACCCCAUACUUCAACCUGUGUCGCUCGCCCCCUGGAUUGGCCAAAACUCCCCUCACUGCUCUGGGCCUGAAGCAAGGCAAUCCGUCUGAGGCCUUCUUUCAGCACAGCAGCUCAGAUUCAGAUUCUAGUGAGGAAUUAGAAGAACCGCACGGUUAUAUGGGCUCUGUAUUUCAAGGAGGCAACCUGGCAGCCCCCAUCCCCAGCAGACCAGUCCAGCCCCCCCACUCCUUCACCCCUCCUCAGCCUGCCAGCAGCGCCAUCUACAACCCUGAUGGGAGUAUAAGGAUGACUAAUCCAGCGCACACCAGUGAGCCAGUUUUCCCCUCCUUCCCAUCAGAGCCAAUCCGUGCCCCUCUCUUCCCCGACCCCCUGGGCUACCUCGACCCCGAAGAGGCCACCGUUAACGUUAUGGGGGUGCACCGAGUCCCCGGCAGCCCCAACACCCUGCACCGCACCGUGGCCACCAACACGCCCCCCAGCCCCGCCCUCCAGCGGCGCCUCGGCAGCCAGAGCAGCCCGGCCAUGACCCGCCGCAUGGCGCCCAGCAACGGCAGCAGUGAACCAACCACCCCCAACAGCCCCCUGCUGGGGCGCAACGGCAAGUUCAUCCCCCCCAGCCCCGUGCUGAACCGAAUCCCCUCCCCCCGUAACCCCAGCCCGGACCGCAGACCCGCCCCCAGCGGGCAGGUCACGCCCGACGACCGGCAGGGGGCGCUGUCCAGGCAGAGCAUGUCCUCUGUUGGACCCAACACUGCCCUGAUGUCUUCCUUCCCUCUGGAGCAGCCGCAGCUCCCGGUUAAACGGGCGGAGGUUGGCGUGGAGAGGCUGGAGCGAGAGACGGUAGACAGUGCCCAAAACGGCAAGACCUCAACCCCAACACCUGCCCCCAGCGGAGUCAGUACCUCCAGUCCUGCCCCACGCUCCCCACAGGAGCCUUCCCUAGUUUCCAUUUACGCUGAUGGACCUCCAGAUAUCAAACUCAACGUCAAGUUUGUUCAGGAUACGUCCAAGUUCUGGUACAAACCAGACAUCUCAAGGGAGCAAGCCAUUACUCUGCUGAAAGAUCGAGAGCCGGGAGCGUUCGUCAUCCGCGACAGCCAUUCGUUCAGAGGGGCGUACGGCCUCGCCAUGAAGGUGGCCUGUCCUCCACCAACAGUACAGCAGAACAAGAAAGCUGCAGACAUGACUAACGAGUUGGUUCGGCACUUCCUGAUCGAGACCAGUUCUAAAGGCGUCCGGUUGAAGGGAUGUCCUAACGAGCCACACUUCGGGUGUCUGUCUGCACUGGUGUAUCAACACUCCAUCACACCCUUGGCUUUGCCAUGCAAGCUUAUGAUCCCCACCAGAGAUCCAAAUGAAGAGGCGUUGGAGUUGGUCACACCCACAAGUUCUGCAAUGGAUCUUCUUAAACAAGGAGCAGGGCCACCAAAGCCUCCUGAAGAGUAUCAUGCGUGUAAUGUUCUCUACAUAAACUCAGUGGAUAUGGAGUCUCUGACCGGCCCUCAGGCCGUGGCCAAAGCCAUCAGCGAGACGCUGGCCGCCAACCCUCCUCUCUCAGCAACCGUCGUCCACUUUAAAGUGUCCUUGCAGGGCAUCACUCUCACUGACAAUCAGAGGAAGGUCUUCUUCCGUCGUCAUUACCCUAUCAACACAGUCACGUACUGCAACAUAGACCCACAAGAGAGAAAGUGGAACAAGGCAGAUGGAGGCUUAGCAAAGCUCUUCGGAUUCGUGGCCCGAAAACAAGGAAGCACAACGGACAACGUAAGCCACCUGUUUGCUGAGCUGGAGCCCGACCAGCCGGCCACAGCCAUCGUCAACUACGUCUCUAAAGUGAUGCUGAGCUCGCAGAAACCCUGAACAACUGCCCUGCCCUGGUGGCCAUCUCCAGUUCUUCUCUCUCUCUCUGUCUCUAUGUCUCUCUCUCUCCGUGAGUGUGUUUUUCUCCCACCAAAGAGGAUUUUGUUAUUCAUUUCUUUGUUUUUCUUCAGUGUGGACAUAACUCGGUUGUCUCCUUGGAUUGAGAAACACAUGGCGGUCGGGUUCUUCACUCUGGCAACUUUUUUUCUUCUUGCGAAGAUUUCAGACGUGUCUCCAGAAGGAUUCAGAGUGAAGAUCAGAUCAGAGGUGGAGUCUGAGAAGGUGCCAAAGGUGUCGUAGAGUUGAGGAUAUGAUCGACCGGGACGCGGCGUGUCCCGAUAACCUUACGGACAAAAUGAAGUUUGUGCUUUGUGUAUAAAAAGGAAGUUUAAAAAAGGAAAAAUAGACGUUUUGAGGAUUUUAAGGAUUUUAAGGAUGAUUUUAAAGGAUUUUUAAAGGAUUUUGUGCAAGAAGAUACAGGUUGAACAACCAAAGGUAGAGCUCAGAAAAAAAAAAAGUAUGCCAUAAGGGACAAUUUAUUCCAUUUGUUUUUGUAAUGGAUCAGAUUGUUGACGCAGACACGUGUUGAAAAUAUAAAAUCCCGCGGGAUUAACGUAAGUGUCUGUGCUUCUGUACAAAAAAAAAAGAAA